CGAACAGAUUGGUUGCCACUGAAUGCCAUGGCGAACUCGGACGAUGAAGAUUGGCGCGAAGAAGUCGAGUAUGCGGUGGGAACCAUCCGCAUUGGGACGGACCUAACGUUCCAGAUCCGACAAAUGGAAGAGCUGUCGCUUGCGGGCUCGCUCUCUAUGCUGUCCGAAAUGCGCGAGACGACGUCCGAGAUCUCCGGACAACGCAUUUGGCCAGGCUCGUACCUCCUCGCCGAGUUCGUGCAUGCGCAUCCUAACAUCGUCGCGCGCAAGCGCGUGCUGGAAUUGGGAGCAGGCACGGGCCUUGUCAGUCUAGUCUCUCGCUUGGUCGGGGCCAAGUCUGUGGUCGCGACGGACGGUGAUGCUGAUGUAGUCAAGGACAUUCUCGCGUGGAACGUCCAGAACAACUUGUCCAAAAACACGACCGGCCAAAACUCCCCAGGCUCCAUUGGCACGACGUCGUUGUGGUGGGGCGACGAGUCCUCCAAUGGUGUCUUUCGUGAACGCUUUGGCGUUGACAAGUUCGAUGUUGUUGUUGCCGGCGACGUCCUGUACAAAAGCGAGUUGGUGACCCUUCUUCUCGCAACUAUCAACACUUGGCUAUCUGCAUCUGGGGCGUUCUACCUCUGCCAUAUUCCCCGCGCCGACGUAUCCCACGAAAUGUUGCAGCGCGAGUUGACAGCGGCGGGCUUGUCUUUUGACAUAAUUCAAGAUUACGUGGCGAAAGGCAUCCAAGCGGCCACGGUAGCCCGACUCCCUGAGGACUGCGCCAUGGACGACGUUAUCAAGGCAAAGAUCUAUCGCAUUGCUCACCCAGAGCAUAAUGUUUCGGUGUAAAGUAGACUAGUGCCGCUUUGUGCAUGGUUCGUUCGGCAUUAUCCCUUGAGUCAUGCCACAGCAUUCUCAAGAUGUGAACAGGGCUUUCCCAGCGAAUUUCUCG